CACAAUGCUUGGCGCCGUCUUGUAGGAAAUGCGUGAAGUUAUAUCAUAGGGGUAAAUCGGAAUGAAGUUGCCUCAUCGUCAUUCUCGGAUCAGCAAGCGAAGAUCUCCAGAGCGGCAGGGCGGGGGGGAGAGCCUGCGUUUGCCUAAUCUCAACGUCACUGAGGGAAAGUGCUGCCGUGUUUCCAAGCACCUACCUACCUAGGUCCCACCUACCUACGUAGGUUGGUAGGUUGGUAGGCAGGCGACAACGGUCUGUUAUUUCCUGCUCUCUAUAUAGAUCUCUUGGAUGGAUAUCAAUCUCUCGGUCCUCCAGAUCAGAAUUCAAUUGACUCUCACUUUCAUCAACAACACAAUCUCAGCCUCCAUUCACACGCACAGCACAACUUUCAUUGCUGCUACACCCUACAUCUAGCAACCGAAUCCCAGUCAAGACAGAAACCAUAAGCAUGGCUGACAACAACCCCGGAAACUUUGCCAACCGCCCCACCGAGGAGGUUCGUCAGAUUGCGGCCAAAGGCGGCCACGCCAGUCACGGCGGAGGCAACACUCAGAACCAGUCCUCUGGCACCGGCAACACUAACCCUGGCAACUUUGCCAACCGUCCCAAGGAAGAGGUCCAGGAAAUCGCGGCCAAGGGCGGUCACGCUAGCCACGGCGGAGGCAACACUCAGAACCAGUCCUCUGGCACUGGCAACACUAACCCUGGCAACUUUGCUAACCGUCCCAAGGAAGAGGUCCAGGAAAUCGCGGCCAAGGGCGGUCACGCUAGUCACAGCGGCGGCUUCGCCAGCAUGGACGCGGACAAGCAGCGCGAGAUUGCGUCCGAGGGUGGCAAAGCAUCUUCCGGCUCGUUCGAGCCCGGUUCUGAGCGGGCCCGAGAGGCGGGACGCAAGGGCGGUCUCCAUAGCAGCUCCGACUAAUCCGUCCCUCUCCACCCGCACAUCUCAGGGCAGUGUUCCGAGACGGGCGAAACUGGUACGAUGUACGAUAAGAGGCAAACGUGGAUAUGACCUGAGCGAUGGGCAACAACAUUGGGCCCAUUCGCAUAGCGUCCCCGCCUAAUGGGGAUCAAUCGAUUUCGAUCAAACAGUAA